AUGCCACUUAAUCAAAACAUUUCACACGGAUCGCAGCCGCCGCCGUCUUCGUCUAAGACUGGCCACCCACUUCCACGACGAGCCUCUCCUGCAAACUCGGUUACCCUUCGUCACCACCGACUAGCCCGCGAUGCAUCGAUCAAAGCUGCCCAAGGUCAGGGGCCCGCUGUCCAGGCGACGACAAUAUCACCAACCCGUCGCAACUCAUCUGGCGACAGCCAUCAGACAGGCCAAAGCGAUCCAAACACAUGGUUCGAUCAGUCGAACCAAAAUCCUACGGCCACAUUUGAUAGCAAUGUAAUGGAGGUUGACCCUCCCUUCUUCCAAAAAGAAUCUGACUCUUCAAAUGAAGAAAAGUCCUUCUACAACCAACACCAGCUCGCACCUCCCAAGCUCCCAACUGCUCGCAGCAGCAGUGCGGAUGACUACCGGAGCGUCAUUGACGACCUCACGGUUGAGAUUCAGAAGCUUCGCGAGGAACUCAAGCGAUACAAGAACACAGGUCCGGGAAUGCUUCAGAAGGACAAGUUGUUCGAGAUUAAGGUCCACGGACUGCCAAUGAAGAAGAAGAGAGAAUUGGAAGCAACACUCCGAGACUUUGCUUCCAGUCUUGAUGGGUCCCCUGACGCAUCAUCUUCACAGAAGAAAAAGUCUCGUCAUGGUACUCGCGACAAUAUGUACUCUGGUUCCAAGCAUGCGUCUUCUUCUUCAGGGUCCAACUUCCGCCCAGCCGAUUCUGCUUACGCCUCUAUGUCAUCAGGGGCCAAAUCAGCAGGAACAUCCAUGAGUCGACCCAGUAUGGGUUCGCAGGCUAAGUCUUCAGAGGCGGUCGAGAGUUAUCUUCGUGACAUUCCAGAGGGCUUAUACCCACGACACAUGAUUAUGACGGAGAAGGAGAGAAAGAAACUUGUAGUGCGCCGACUGGAGCAGCUAUUCACAGGGAAGAUCGGCGGUCGCCACGUGGUGAAGAAGCAGGCCGUGCUUCCCAGUGGUAGCUCUGCCGCUCUAGCGCCUGUCAUGGCGGAGACACAGCCCAAUUACUCAAGCAUGUCUAAGCCAUCUGUCCACGAGCCACCGACACUACAAACUGGCGACAAAGGAACCACAAGAGAGGCUCGAAUUCUUCCUUCUGAGCAGCAGCCUGCCAACAACGGCUCUGCGUCUAAUUCCAACGGAGAUAACACCGAGUCUGGUGGGAAUGGCAACAGUACUGGCUCAGGGACAAACCCCUCUCCCACCACAACAAAAACCAUGCCCGAGCAACGACCCACACGACCCCUUGACUUGGACCCUGACCGUACCCAGGUUCCAUCCGACAACAUGGAUUAUAUUCGCCAUCUGGGCCUAGUGCCACCGGAGCUACUUGCUGAGCAACACAACCAGGACGUUCAUCCUGAUGCUGAGGGAUGGGUUUAUCUGAAUUUGUUGUGCAGCUUGGCGCAGCUUCACAUGAUCAAUGUUACCCCUGAUUUUGUUCGCUCCGCGGUUUCAGGCAUCAGUACAAAGUUCCAGCUGUCGCCUGAUGGCCGGAAAAUCCGAUGGCGAGGUGGAACCGAGGGAACUAGAUUCAGCAGUGAUAGCUCUGGAUACAAUUCCCAAAAGAGCCCAUCUACGGACGACACCGAAGACGGAUCGGACAAGAAGCGCAAACGUCAGAAAACUGGUCGUUCAACAGGCGAUGAGUUUCGAUCUGGAGAUUCGAGCCAGAAUGGUCUCAAGUUUGACCCGGGGCUUUGCGCUCCAUCCGAAAGCUUUCACUACAAACCUUUGUUUGUUCAGCAGGACUCUUCUGGCGGCCAAACGUCGGCUGACGAGACUGUCUCUUCGUUUGGUCCAGCAGAGGAGAGUAAUGUUGGUGAGUCAAGGUGGGGAUUGAGCGGCACUGGAGCAUCUGGCCGCAAGAAGCGUCGCCACGACGGUGCCAUUAUUUACUAUAGUGGAGCGCCAUUCUGUACAGAUUUGUCCGGAGACCCAGGUGACAAGUCGCCCACUACCCAGAUCAGCUCAUCUGGCCAGGUUCAGGUGGACAAGGACGAUUUCAAGGUCCCCCCAUCCCCUCUUCAGCGAACAGACUCGGGAUCAUUCAUGAAAUACCGGCCAUUGGUUGAUCGUGAGCUCGCGUCCAUCCAGGAAACGGCCAUGGACAUCGACAGUGAGGAUCUACCAAGCCUGACCGACGACACCGACGAUGUGAGCGAGAUUGAAUUGGACUUUACCUGGACCGACAAUGCGCAAUAUAUACACCAUCAUCCUCUUGAGCCCUGUGGCCUGGGAGGAGUUCUGCCAGAGGAUCACUUCAUGGUCGUUGUGUCUACCAAGAGACCUAAACAGGAUGAUCUGUCCUUUAUUUCGCAGUUUGGUAGAAUACCCAGCGAGAGUACAGAUGCUGUUGUUCGUCGGCUAGCAACGAUGUCAACAUCAUCACCUGUAUUGGGCGCUUCAAAGUCAUUGCGCACCACAGGCUCUCUCCCUGUCGAGAUCGAGUACAUGUCCGGCCGAAUUAAGCGGCUCACACCGGUUUCACUACCACCCCCGGCGAUUUUCUUCCCACCAUUUAGUUCAACUGAGUCCACAGGAGAUUCGGAUGACGAUUCCGACGACGAUUCAGAUGGCGCUGAUUCUAACAGCCUGGAUAUGUCCCGGUCACUGAAGAAUCUUAUGGGCCAACGGGUGGCGCAUCGACUCUCGGACGACUAUCCUGACGGUGUUGACUUGAGCAGUGGCGAUGAAGAGGGUGACGAACCUGAUGACCAGCCAAAUGGAGAUAUUUACGAUAUCAAUAUCGACCCAAAGACACUACCAAAUCGGCCCCGAAAGGCUGGCCGCCGUACUAGUAGUGCAGCUGCAGCCGCAGCUGCCAGUACCCCUCGGGAUAUAAGCAAGAGUAACAGCGCAAAUCCUGCGCUGUCUCACGAUGACAGCUCUCUUGCAACUGCUGGUGCCGCAGAGAGUGGUUACAGCAGUAGCGACGAAGCUUCUUGA